AUGCGAAUAGCCGGCGAUGAAAACGCUAUUUCGCCGCAUCUCCGGUGGGAAGUGUUCGUCAUCGUCGUCGCGCAUGGGGGCCGAGCCAAGGCCGAAGCACUGUUGAGCCUUUGGAAAACGUCAUCAAACAGCGAUGAGAGGUAUCUGGCACUCGAGUGCCUCGGGCGCGCCAGUGACGCCUCACUGGUCAAGUGGAUUCUUGGACUCGUUUUUACAGAAGAUAUCAAAGAUCAAGAUAUAUACCUUCUGUUAUGGCUGAUGGGAUCAUCCGCGCACGGCACCACGGAACUGUGGGAAUGGGCAAAGCUAAAUUGGGGCAGGCUGGAAGAUGUUAAGACAUACUUUUCUGGCUGUGAUACGAGACAAUACGAGCAAGCUCUGGCGCAGAAACUAGAGCGUAUAGAGACUCGAGUGCGGUGGGCUGCGCGCGAUGUGGGCAACGUUGCGCCAUGGUUGAAGACUCACGGUUACCUAGAAGAGUGUCAGUGGAGCAACUAA